UCGACCUAAACAAUCAAAACUUAUUUUGACCAGAAAAAAAUAAAAACAAUCUCAUUCGAGUAAAAUCUCAAAUUUUGGUAUAAAUAAUCCGGAUAUUUCCAAAAAUAAUCAUUCAGUAUCUGAAACGCUAAGUGAAAACAACAACAAAACAAAAAUCUCAAAAUUCAAAGUUAUUAAAAAACUUUAAGCAAAUAUACAAAAAGUUCAAAUCUAAAAUAAAUUUCAAACUAAGAAAAUAAUUCAAACAACAAGAGUAAAAUCUUCAAAAAUGGAAAUCGAUUGGCAAAACGUAACUUUCGAGUUUGGAGCAGAAGAUUUCCUACAAACUACCAGCGAGAUAAUUGCUCCGACAAUGGUUCAAAAACCUCAGCAGAGCAACAACUUACCCAAAAGAUCCAGAAAAGAAAUGGAAGAAUUUAUCGUUCAAGUUCCCCAAAAAGUAGAGGAACUUGGAGAGUUCUUGAUGUUUCCUCAAGAUGACAGUCAAUAUUUUGAAGACAACGAGGAUGUAAUAUAUCCUACACAAAACGAACAUAUUGAAAUUAAAGAAACAACCGGAAAAGUAAUUUUCUACUGUGAGUCAUGCUCACUCGACUUUCCGUCAAUUGCAUACUUCAAGAGACAUCAGAAUACAAAAAAGCAUCAACGUGCACUAAGAAUGGAACAACAAGGAAAGAAAGUAAACCAGAAAAAGCAAUACGUAAGAAGGAAUUCAGUAAACACUAGAACCAUUCAAGUUAAACGAGAAGUUUGUCAGAUAAAGCAAGAAGAAAUGGGAAUUCCUGAUGUAUAUCAGACAACGAACAACCAGUUCGCGAAUGCAGCUUCAAUCACCGACCUAACAUCAGAAGAAAUAUCAAUCUUACACACGAUCGACGACCAAUUAAUGAAAAUCGAAUCAGAAAAUACAGCCAAGGACUUCUACGAAAACUUCAAUUUCGACCUGGACAUUGAAAAUGAACCUGCAGCAAAGAUUCAAAAGAUGUCAACAAUUGAAGAAAUAAUGGCAGAUCUGUGUGCAAGCAGUGUAGCCUUCCGUAAAGAACAAGCUCAACAAAAGCUUCGUCAUCCACUUUUUGAAGUUCAACAACAGCCAAUUGUUCAAGUACAGCAACAACAACAAGUGAAAGUCCAGAAAAUAACACAAAAGGUGCAAAUUAAGGAAGAACAGUCAAAGAUUCAAUGCCAAAUGUGUCCAAGAGCAUUCAACCUUCGCUGUCACUUAACGCAGCACAUGAACAUCGUUCACUCAGGAAACAGGAACUUCAAAUGCACAAAGUGUGGAAAGAAAUAUCCAUCACAAGAAUUACUUAAUCAGCAUAUGGAGAAGCACUUAGGUGACAAGCCAUUCAGAUGCUCAAAAUGUGUAAAGUCUUACAACAACAAAGUCGACUUAAAGAGACAUUUUAAGACUCACGAAGAAAUCAGGGACUACAUCUGCAAUAUGUGUGGAGGUGGAUUCGUUCGCUCUGAUCAUCUCGAAAAGCAUUUGUUGGUUCAUCAGAGACAAAUCGAAGAUGGCAGACUCGUAAAAAGAAGAGGACCAGCAGUUAAGAGCAAAGUCUUUUAAGGACUGAGGGGCAAGAAGGGGACAAAUGUUGUUUAAACUGUAAAUAAAAAUAAAUUAAAAAAAAAACUUAAAAUUGUUGUGCUUAGUAUUCAGCUUUUGUAUUCCAGAAAUUCGGUGACACUUCCUUCAUAUUCUCAUAUUCCGAUAGUAUUCCUAGAAUAACAGCACCCCUAAUUAACUCACCUCAAUUACUUUAUUAUCCACUUCCUUCAAUACAUCCCCCAUCUUCAUCCAUAAGCUGCUCAUUUGUCCAACAAAUAAAGGAAAAAUGAGUAAAAAUAAAAGAACACUUUACCGAUUUCAUGCUGAGUGAGA